GAAAAUUUAUAUCGGGACGAUAAAUAUGGUGGAUGCAUCGGAUGGUACCAUAUCUAUUCUUGUUGGAAAAUCGCAUUUAGGCUCAACUGUUUCAUCUACCAAAUUACGACAUCCAAAUGUCUUCACCACAGAUGUUCGAACAAAAGAAGUACAUCAUAUGUCAACUUUGUCAAAUGGUCCAAGUAGAGCUCGAAUUGGUAUAUCUCAUCUCUCCGUACCAUUAGCCUGGAAUAGCGAUGAACACUUUGGAACACGUGGAGAAGGGAAAGUGUAUUCGAUGUUUAUGGCACUCCAAGCUACUAAUAAUGUUAACGACAGUCGUAUUGUAACAGCUAUUGAUCGAACAUGUACCGAUGUCGCAUUUACGGAUUCCUUCAUUUUUGAAAAUCAACCGGUGGAUUUUGAAAUAGAGAUUCAGCUUUAUGGAUCACGAACCGAUAGUGGUGAUACCAAUCAAUCAUUGAAGCAGAAAUUAACCCGUUCAUUUGGUCGACGAUUUGGCACUAAUUAUAAGACAAGUUGGCUGAGUGAUGAUAUGGUGCCAUUCGAGCCGCUAAUGAAUGGUGAAGGUGACAGCAAUAGCAUUCAGGAUGGUUCAAACAAUAAAUAUUUUCAUCUGUUAGGUCGGACAACAUUGACUUUGAGUGAUGCGAAACCGAAAGUCGGAAUUUAUGACCUUCAUGUGUCACCAAAUGCGGCUAACUAUGGACCACCAUUAUAUGGCCAUAUUCGAUGUCGAAUUGUUGCUCAACCAAAUUCGGUAGCAAUGCCUCUAUCGGAUGGUAUUUUAACAGUCAAACCUAUAGGUUAUGAUUGCUUGUAUCAAAAUGUGCAUUGCAGAUUACAGGCCGGUGUUUUACGAUGUGCAACAAGCAGUUCAUUACAUUCACAGGAUCAAGCCCUUCUUCACAUUUAUAUUAACAAGGAUUCAAAAGUGUUGGCAUGUAAACAUCAACGCAGUAUCAUUGUUACCUCAGACCGUUACUUGGGUGGCACAAAACGCGACAGGCAAUUUAUCUUAACAUCGGAUAGUGAAGAAGAUAUUGCCGCAUGGAGGCAUGCUAUUAAUUUGCAAAUUGCUGAUUGCGAACAAUGGGGUGAAUUUGCCGUUUCAUCGAUAAGACUAACUGUCGAACCGGAUCAUCCGGAUGUAUUAAUUUUGUCACGGACGAAUGGCCGUCGAUUAUAUGAUGAAAUUCAAAUUCAGGUCAACGGUGCUAUGCAAGGAAUUUUGAAAACUGAUACAUGUAAUUCAAACCGGAAUCUUACGAUGGAUUCCUCCAAGAUUGUUUCAUUUGCUGCAACAACGAAACCUGUUCAGACCGCUCCAUCAGGACGCAGGCGGAAUAGUCGUUCUCAUGUGCGCAAUCUCUUUCAGCCAGUAAAUGACAGCGAGUAUCGUUAUGUGAUCAAUCUGCCGGUUAGAGACGUACGGGCACUUCAGAAAAUCAAUGGAUCUUCAUCAAAAUUGACUACCAAUGGCUAUAUAAAUGACCUGUCAUCGUGUGCGCAAAUGAAUGGAGGGCAGUAUAUUGACCCAGAUGAAGAAGAGAGUGCUGCUCGAGCCAAUGUGUGCCAUGCGGUUUCGGAAAAUUGGUCGGAAAAUCUCUUCAAAAGUUUCAAAAGAAGCUUCCAAAGAUCAUUUGGUGUCUUAAAAAAUCGUAAAUCUCUUGAAGUGUCUCGUUUCUAAACUUCAUAAUGCAUAUCUUAAUCACUUAUAUUGGUUU